AUGGACUCUUUUGAGACGUGGGAGGACUGCAUUGGGCCAGCCAAGUGGCUCAGUGAGCCGUUGCAACACGUUCUCAGCUAUCCGAAGCCUUUGCCGGUUCAGCAGGCCGUCAUCCCAACCAUCAUGCGAGCGCUCAUGAGCGGGGUGCCCAACGACGUCAGCCUAACUGCCCCCACCGGGAGCGGCAAAACGCUUUGUUAUUUGAUCCCAUUGGUAGGCCUCCUCACAGAGUUGAAAAGAGGCAUUGAUGAUAACGCGCUACGCUGCUUGAUUCUCGUCCCAACGCAGGCGCUUGGGCAGCAAGUGUACCGCGAAUUGCAGCGCCUGACGCGUCCGAGCUCGAUCAAAGUUGCGUGCAUCUGCGCUGAGGCGGGGGGCGCAGCAAAGGGCUCACCAACAGAAGUAGAGGCAGCAGAGGCUCGCGAGUUGGUGCGGCGAGUCGUGCUGCCUCGUUUUGGCGGCUUCGAGGAGCUGACUGCGGAUGGAUGCAGUGAUGCUGGCGAGAGCGAAGAUGUCGACAUGUUGAGCGGUGACGAAGGAGACGACGACGAGGACAGACACUGCUUCACCACGCAUCAGCAACACCGCGCUAGGGGCACCAUUGUACGGUACUUCUCCAACAUUGAUGUGAUUGUUUCCACGCCGCAGAGACUUCUUCAUCAUCUCGACCACACGCGUGGGCUGCGCCUAGCAACUCUACGCCUGUUGGUGAUUGACGAGGCGGACCAAGUGCUGACCGGCAACUUCGCCUCGCAGGUGCAGAAAGUGAACGCGCGGUACGAGUUUGAGGUUCAGCAGCAGCUGCGACGCCAGCUACGGCAGCAAGAGCGCAUGUGUGAACUUCUCACGGGUGUUAUGUCUUCAAAUUCCGCUUCUCCUAGUCAGUCUUCCGCGCCAGCAGCCAUGGCAUCGCCAAACCCGUUCCAACUGCUGAAUGGCUCCGGUGGCGUUAAUCUCAACGCCUUUUUGGCACGUGGGGGCCCUAUUUUGCAUAAGGUUCUCUGCUCCGCAACGCUCUCCUCGCGCAUCGCCCGAAUCUCCAACGUGAAACUGCGCAACUGCAGCUACUACGUUCUCGACAGCAACGGCGAGGAACGCAAGGAGGAGGGAAUGGCGUCAUCGCAGCAGGCAACGACGGGGACAUGCACGACAGCAUACAGCAGUGCCGUGGUGCGCACCCAGUUCGCACUUCCACCAACGCUGCAAGAACACAUCAUCUUUGUGGAGGACACGUACCGGCCAGCGGUCUUGCUCAAGCUAGUGCACGCUCUGCGGAGCCGUAUCGCAGCUACAGUUGCACAGAGGCGUGCUGAGGCUGCCGCUCGAUGGCUAGCAGCCGAAAUGGUGGCCGAUAACCUUGACGAUCGUGUGCACAGAGAAGCGAGCCUUCCUUGUAUAGGAGCAGCGCAGGGUGCGAACGCUGCCGCUGCAUCAUCGCUGUACCCGAACGUGGAGGACAGGGCAGGAACAGGCAUCCUCAUCUUCUGCGCUACCGCAGAGGAGGCACGUGUCAUGAGCCACUUCCUAGCUGCCGCCGGAGUCUCGUCCGUCAUCGAGUUCACGACGCUCUCCAGUGAAGCGGAGCGGCGCCGCGCGCUGCUGGAUCGGACGACCAACGCGGAGGGCACAGAGGCUGGUUCCGACGGCUCCUGCGUCGUAGCCUCAGACGCUCUCAUGCGCGGCAUUGACAUCCCCAACGUGGGCCACGUGAUUAUGUACCACCCGCCCGAGGCCGUGUCGCAGUACGUUCAUCGCGCAGGGCGCACGGCGCGCGCGAUGCGGCCCGGACAUGUGCACCUGCUGCUGAGCAAGACCGGGCCAAGUGGCACGCAGGAGGACGGAGAGAUGGCGCUGUACAAGCGGCUGUCUCAGUCACUUUCGCGAACGCUGCCGGUGUCGUAUGAGCGGAGUUUCUUCCGAUUCACCGAAGCGCCGUCGCGCGUGGGUAGUGGCACAGCUCCUGGCUCGUCGACUGCAACGGACGCGCCAGUGAACGCUGCGCCGUCAGCCAGCACGGCAACCUCAACACCUAGUGCCAAUGGCCGGGCAGUCUCUGAAGAAAUCGGCUCCGCCGAAUGGUGGGUGGCUCAAGCCGGUCAGUUCCUGGUGCAGUCCCAGCACCAGCUACAGCGUCGGUGGGCCUCAGUGCUGGAAUCUGCCGCAGCAGCGGCUGCUGGAAAGGCGAAAACGACUCCUGCCGCGCGCGAAGGUAGCUCCACACCAGCGGCUAUCAUUGCCCCCCGUAGUGACGCGGAUGCAAACAACAUGGAGGCAUCCUCGGGGAGGAAGCGAGACCGCAGCAUCGUUUCUAACACAACCAGAAUGAAGCCAGUGACGGCCGCUUCUGCGGGCAGCGGCUUGACUACACGACGGCACUCAUGA